AUGGCGCUCAAAACACAUGCCAACACGUCGAUAAAUGAUGAAGGAAUUUUUCCACAAACAACAAAUCAGACGCAAACAGAAUCUCUUUCUCCAUCUCCCAACACUGUGUCACCGGUGCCUUUAAGUAAUCCAACCAGUGCCCCAAGGUUUGGAACAGUUAUUCCUAACCGGAUCUUUGUAGGAGGAAUUGAUUUUAAGACUAAUGAAAAUGACCUAAGGAAGUUUUUUGCCCAGUAUGGCUGUGUGAAAGAGGUGAAGAUAGUAAAUGACAGAGCUGGAGUAUCAAAGGGGUAUGGCUUCAUCACUUUUGAAACCCAAGAAGAUGCACAGAAGAUUUUACAAGAGGCUGAAAAGCUUAAUUAUAAGGAUAAGAAAUUGAAUAUUGGUCCAGCAAUAAGAAAACAACAAAUAGGGAUUCCUC